GCUACACAUAUACUCCAGUUUCUUCAAUAAUCUCUCUCCCCCCUCUCCAUCUCUCUCGUGUAUAAAUCUCUCCCGCUGGCCCCAUAUCUCUCUGCUCUCCAAGAUUUCGCUCCAGUAAGAAAUUCCCAGCUUCUUCAUUCUCCUCGAGGUUUUCAAAAACCCAUCAAUUCUUGAAUUCUCGUGUUUAAAUUAGGGCAAUUCAUCACAAUUCCUGCAAUAUCCAGAGUUGAUUUGGAAAAGAUGGGGCUAGAGCAAGGUAGUUGUAGUACAUCUCAGGAUGCUCGUGAUGAAGAUGAUGAAGAUGAAUAUGAAGAGGCUGAAGGCGGUAACCGUCUUUUAGGAUUCAUGUUUGGAAAUGUUGAUGGUGCUGGUGAUCUUGAUAUUGAUUACCUUGAUGAGGAGGCAAAGGAGCAUCUGGGCGCAUUGGCUGACAAGCUUGGUUCAUCAUUGACGGAUAUAAAUUUGUCAGUACGAUCUGUACAAACAUCUGCAGAUGCAAUUGAACAAGAUUACGAUGAGAAGGCAGAAGAUGCUGUAGAUUAUGAAGACAUUGAGGAACAGUACGAAGGACCUGAGGUCCAAGCUAUAACAGAAGAGGACUAUUUAUUGCCAAAGAAAGAUUAUAUAUCUUCCCAAGCAUCAGCACCUGUUAAGGGCACAACUUCUCUGUUUGAUGAUGAGAAUUAUGAUGAGGAGGAAUCUGAGAAGGAAACCGAGGCUGAUGAAAACAAUGCUGAAGUUCAAACUACUAACUUAUCAGGUGAUAGUGAUAACCAUGCAGUGCUUUCGCAAGUGGAAGAUCUCCGGGGUGAUAUAGUCAAUGGUGCUUCUGAAACUGAAGAACCAACUCCGUCCUUGGAAGAUUUUCUAAAGGAGGAAGAUGAUAUCCUAGAAGAGCUAGUUGAUAAUCAGAAUAUGACUCCACUUCCGAUCUUAUACACAGAGGAUGGAGCAGUAAUUUUACGUUUUUCUGAAAUUUUUGGUAUCCACAAGUCUUCGAAGAAAUCAGAAAAGAGGGAGUGUAGGUACUCUGUUCCUAAAGACAAGUACAUGUCCAUGGGUACUGCUGAUGUCCUUGAAGAUGAUGAUGAGACAUUUUUCAAAGGAUUAUGCCAAGGCUUUACUUGGAAGUGUCGGACUCAUGUAAAUGAUGAUAUUUUACCCAUUAAAGAUAAUGAAUCAGAUCUAGAAACAUUACAAUAUGUACAGCAUCCUGGAAUAGUAGCUUCUGUAGUUGAUGAGGACCGGAGGGACACUUGUCUUAGUGAUGAACCGAUGAAGAAAGAUAUAGCAAUAGAUCCAUUUUUAGAGAAGAUUACACCUCUCUCCCCUGAACUUUACCUUCUUGAACAGCAGGACUGGGAAGAUCGAAUCAUUUGGGACAAUUCCCCGGAAUUAAGUGACCGUUUUGCAGAGACUUUAGAGAUCUCUGGACAUGACUCUGGUGCUUCAUUUGUUGAAAAUUUAGAGUCUAAUAUAGAGGAGCAACAUAAUCAUCAAGAGCUGCGGAUGGAAACUGAUGAGACAAGCAAUGCAAUUUUCCAGCGUAGCUAUCCUGUAUCUGUGGAGCCCUUUGGCUCUAGAAAAAUUUCAGAUUUAGUUUCAUCAGCAAGACAAUUCCAUCCCCAACUUCUGAGGUUAGAGUCUCGGCUUGAAAACGGUUUGGAUAAUGGAAAGGAUAGUAGCACUACUGAAGAGGUCGGGCAUCGUGAUGCAAUAAGGUCUUAUAACAAGGUGUCUCUGCUUAACAAAGACUUACUGGAAGGGUCUUGGUUAGACAAUGUAAUUUGGGAACCACAUCAAUCAAUGACAAAGCCAAAACUAAUACUUGAUCUUCAGGAUGAGCAAAUGCUUUUUGAGAUUUUGAAUGACAAGGACGGCAAGCAUCUGAAGCGCCACGCAGGAGCUAUGAUCAUAACCCGCUCUGUGAAGUUCAACGGUGAUUUGGUAGAGACAAAUGGUCACGGUACAUUACUGGGGGAGUCAUUCAAUAUAGCUAAUGAUAAAUUUUACUCGAAUAGGAAAUCUUCGCAGCAGCUAAAAUCACAUUCUAAGAAGCGAACUGCUCAUGGUGUCAAAGUUUUGCAUUCAAUACCUGGACUUAAGCUGCAAACGAUGAAAGCAAAGCUAAGCAAUAAGGAUAUUGCCAAUUUUCAUCGGCCAAAAGCUUUAUGGUAUCCGCAUGACAAUGAGGUUGUACUCAAAGAACAAGGAAAAUUACCUACACAAGGAUCAAUGAAAAUUAUACUGAAGAGCCUGGGUGGUAAAGGCAGUAAACUUCAUGUGGAUGCCGAGGAGACCAUUGCUUCUGUCAAGGCAAAAGCCUCCAAAAAGCUGGAUUUUAAGCCAUCAGAGGCAGUGAAGAUAUUUUAUUGUGGAGUGGAACUUGAUGACGAUAAAUCUCUUGCCCUGCAAAAUGUUAGGCCCAACUCUUUGCUGCAUCUUGUUCGUACUAAAAUACAUAUGUUGCCAAGGGCACAAAAGGUUCCUGGUGAGAAUAAGUCGUUGCGUCCUCCUGGAGCAUUCAAGAGAAAAGCUGAUCUUUCAGUAAAAGAUGGCCAUGUUUUCUUAAUGGAGUACUGUGAAGAAAGACCUUUACUAAUUGGAAAUGUUGGAAUGGGUGCUAGAUUAUGCACCUACUACCAGAAAUCAUCCACGGGUGACCAAACUGGAACUUCCUUGAGGAGUGGAAGUUCUGGUUUAGGAAACCUUCUCACCCUUGAUCCAUCUGAUAAAUCUCCUUUUCUUGGUGAUAUAAGAGCUAGUUGCAGCCAGUCAUGCAUAGAAACUAAUAUGUAUAGAGCUCCUAUUUUUCAACAUAAAGUAUCGUCAACCGACUUUCUAUUGGUUCGCUCUCCAAAGGGGAAGCUUUCCAUAAGGCGAAUUGACAGAAUUGAUGUUGUUGGGCAACAGGAACCACAUAUUGAGGUAAUGUCCCCUUCAUCCAAGGGUGUUCAGAUGUAUACAAUGAACAGGUUAUUGGUUUAUCUCUAUCGUGAAUUUCGUGCUGCUGAAAAACGUGGUUUGCGCCCUUCGAUCCGAGUGGAUGAGCUCUCUGCCCAAUUCCCUAAUAUGAAUGAAGCUUUUCUUCGCAAAAGGUUAAAGCAUUGUGCUGACUUUCAGAAGCAAUCAAAUGGUCUGUUUUGGGUGAUGAGACGCAAUUUUCGCAUUCCGCUGGAGGAGCAGCUGAGAAGGAUGGUAACACCAGAAGAUGUAUGUUCCUACGAAAGCAUGCAAGCUGGCUUGUACAGGCUCAAACGAUUAGGAAUCACAAGGCUGACAUCUCCUACAGGCCUUUCUUCAGCAAUGAAUCAACUUCCAGAUGAAGCUAUUGCUUUGGCCGCUGCAUCUCAUAUUGAGAGAGAACUACAGAUAACUCCAUGGAACUUGAGUAGCAAUUUCGUUGCUUGUACGAAUCAGGACAGAGAAAAUAUAGAGCGCCUGGAAAUCACUGGUGUUGGUGAUCCUUCUGGACGGGGCCUAGGUUUUAGUUAUGUUCGUACUGCUCCAAAGGCACCGAUUUCAAAUGCAGUUGUAAAGAAAAAAGCAGCUGUCAGUAGAGUAAGCUCUACUGUCACAGGAACUGAUGCAGAUUUACGCAGGUUGAGCAUGGAGGCUGCUAGGGAGGUUCUUCUUAAGUUCAAUAUCCCCGAGGAACAGAUAGCAAAACUGACUAGGUGGCAUCGGAUUGCUAUGAUUCGCAAGCUUUCAAGUGAGCAAGCUGCCGCAGGUGUCAAGGUUGACCCAACUACAAUCAGUAAAUAUGCACGCGGGCAGCGAAUGUCAUUUUUGCAGCUUCAGCAGCAGACGAGGGAGAAGUGUCAGGAAAUUUGGGAUAGACAAGUUGAAAGUCUUGCUGCUGUUGAUGGUGAAGAAAAUGAGAGUGAUGUUGAAGCAAAUAGUGAUCUUGAUUCUUUCGCUGGGGACCUGGAAAAUCUUUUGGAUGCAGAAGAAUUCGAAGAAGGAGAGGAGCGUAAUUACGAGUCCAAGCAAAAUAAUGCUGAUGGUGUUAAGGGGCUAAAAAUGAGAAGGCAUCCUUCCCAAGCUCAAGCAGAAGAGGAGUUUGAAGAUGAGGCUGCUGAAGCAGCAGAAUUAUGUAGAAUGCUUAUGGAUGAUGAGGAGGCUGAGCGGAAGAAGAAAAAAAAGAUACGAAUGGUUGGGCAGCAAUUGAGACAGGCUCAGGGGUCACACGGUUUUGAUAGUGUGGAGAGAGUAAAGAAGACCAAUGCAGGUUUUAAACAACAUACCCCUGCUAUUCAGCCUCGAAUCACACCAAAGGAUAGUUUUAAUAUGGAUAUGAAGCAGCAGGAUGAAAGGUUUCCUGAUAGAAAGAACUUCUCCACCAAGUUAAAGGCAAAGAAAAAAAAUGAAAUCGAACACUUAGGGUUUUUAAAGAAGGUGAAAAUAUUAGGAGAAGGAAUCAAGACUCUGAAGGAAAAGAAAUCAGCAAGAGAUAGUUUUGUAUGUGGAGCUUGCGGUCAGCUUGGUCACAUGAGGACCAACAAGAAUUGCCCCAAAUAUGGGGAAGAUCCAGAAACUCAGCCUGAAACUAGAGAUACAGAAAAGGCGUCAGGAAAACUUAAUUCUCUGGAUAAGACAGCUGUUUCGCAGCAGAGACCUCUACUGAAAAAGAAUACACCCAAAAGCAUGGCAAAAAUUCUUUUGGCAGAAACUCCUGAAGAAGACAAGUCUAGUUCAAAGGCAAAAAUUUUGAAGGUCAAAUGUAGCUCCACUGACAAGCUUCUAGAUAAAGCAACUCCAGCCACCUCCCAGAUUUCUGAUAUGCCUUUAACAUCAGAUACAGAUACCGCAAGUAGACCUACAGUUAAAGUUAAUAAAAUAAUUUUUGCUAAUAAGACCAGACCUGAAGACACCCAGGUCGAACAGCACAAGCCAUCAAUUGUGAUAAAACCACCUGUGGAGACGGAUAGAGAGCAGCCCCGUAAGAAGCUUAUUAUAAAACGACCAAAAGAACACAUUGAUAAUGAUCAGAUCAGCCAGGAAGAAAGCACUGACCUAGAUUCUCGAAAGACCAAAAAAAUAAUUGAGCUGUCGAGUUUCGAGGAUUAUAGAGAGCAGGAUAGCAGUGUCCAUUUUGCUGAAGCAUCCAGAAGAAGAAAUAGAGAUAACAAUCGAAUGUGGGAAGAGGAGCAGAAGAUGAGGGAUGCGGAGAGAAAGAGAGAAGAAAGGAUAAGAAGGUUUCAAGAGGAGCAGGCAAUCAAGCUAGAAGAACAAGAAAGAGUAGCUAAUAUUAGAAGAUAUGAGGAAGUCAUCAGAAUAGAGAGGGAGGAAGAAGAACUACAGAAGGCAAAUAAGAAGAAACAGAAGAGUAAAAGAACUGACCUCAGAGAUGACUAUAUGGAUGACUUUCCCCCUCGAAGAAUUGAUAGGAGGAUUCCUGGAAGGGAGCGAACUGCAAAGAGGCAGUCUGUGUUUGAGUCAGCAAGAUAUGGUGCCGAACAUGCCCCCCCUACAAAGCGUCGUAGAGGGGGAGGGGGAGAGGUUGGCUUGGCAAAUAUCUUAGAGAAUAUUGUAGAGAUUCUCAAGGAGAAGAUAGAAAUUUCGUACCUGUUUCUAAAACCAGUACUGAGAAAGGAAGCCCCUGACUACCAUAGAAUUGUGAAGAGACCUAUGGAUCUUUCUACAAUCAAGGAGAAAGUCAGAAACUUGGAAUACAAGAGCCGCAGGGAUUUCAGGCAUGAUAUGUGGCAAAUCACGUACAACGCUCACCUUUACAAUGAUAGGCGGAACCCUGGCAUUCCACCACUUGCAGAUCAGCUUUUGGAGCUUUGUGACUACUUAUUGGCUGAAAAUGAUGCAAGCUUGACCGAUGCUGAAGCUGGCAUUGAAAGUGGUUAGGGUCAUAAACCCUUGGUAGACAAGUUGAAAGAAAGCGGCAAAAAAGUAGAUCAAGAAAUGGAGGUAAAAGAUGCCUUGGUGUGCAUUGGUUUGCUAAAUCAUUUGCAGCCCCCACCAUUGCCUACAAAAGUAUCUUGAAGUUGGGUUGCUUGACUGCAUUCGUUAACAAACCUACCGCAGGUAAAUUACCAGAUCAGUUGUUUCCUGAACUUGAUACCUCCCUAGGCCCAGCUUCUCUGUUUGUAUAGAUUAUGUUUUAGAACUGGGAAACUAUGCCUUCGGCUCUGCAGCUGGUAUUUUCAGACUCUGUAAUUAUGUAGGAGUUCGAUAUUAGAUUCUUCAGUACUUUAGUCUUGAUAUACACCCUCUGAUUUCUUAUACCAUUGUAUAAGUGACUAUAGCCUUUUAUCUUCGUUCAGAGGAUAUCCUGUAAUUUGUCCUGUUGGUACUUUUUUUUUUUUAAAGGUGAUUUAGUUGAGACUUGAGAGAGAACAAGAAAGUUUUACAUAA